GGGGGGUCAAUUGCCCUUUCCAGAAACAAUUUAAAGAAUUUUUUCUUGGAUUGGAAAACAGAAAGGAAAACCGGUUUCGGAUUCCCUAAACCCUAGAACCCCACCCCGUCGCCGCGCGCUCUCUCUCUCUCUCUCUCACAUCUCCGAUCUCGCCGUCUUCUCUCUCCUCUUGAAUUCUAAGACCAGAAAACAUGGCGUCGAGCAAUCAAACGGUCUUGCAGUUCACCCCGUCGCCGACGAGCUUGACAGCGAAGGUCCACCCCCUGGUGAUGUUCAACAUCUGUGAUUGCUUCGUCCGGCGACCCGACCAGGCGGAGCGGGUCAUCGGGACCCUCCUCGGGUCCGUCUUACCAGACGGCACCGUCGAUAUUCGCAACUGUUACGCCGUUCCUCACAACGAGUCCUCAGAUCAGGUUGCCCUGGAUAUAGAUUACCAUCAUAAUAUGCUAUCCUCCCACUUGAAGGUGAACCCGAAGGAAGUGAUUGUUGGAUGGUUUUCGACUGGCUUUGGAGUCACAGGAGGCAGUGCAUUGAUCCAUGAGUUUUAUGCCAGAGAAGUUCCUAACCCUGUUCAUCUGACUGUUGACACGGGAUUCAGCAGUGGCGAGGCUAGCAUAAAAGCUUUUGUCUCUGUUAGUUUGUCUCUUGGGGAUCAGCAACUUGCUGCACAAUUUCAAGAAAUUCCUUUGGAUCUUCGCCUGAUUGAAGCUGAGAGCGUUGGCUUUGAUGUUCUUAAAACGACAAUGAUUGACAAAUUGCCAAAUGAUUUGGAAGGAAUGGAAACAUCGAUGGAACGCUUACUUGCUCUGAUUGAUGAUGUCUACAAAUAUGUUGAUGAUGUUGUGGAAGGACGUGUUGCACCUGAUAAUAACAUUGGUAGAUUCAUAUCCGAUACGGUAGCUUCCAUUCCCAAAAUAUCACCAGCAGCUUUCGAUAGGCUUGUGAAUGAUAGUUUACAGGACCAAUUGCUGUUGCUUUAUUUGUCAAGCAUCACAAGAACUCAGUUGAGCUUAGCAGAAAAGUUGAACACUGCUGCUCAAAUCCUGUAAUUGUCGUACUCUGGCUCCUCCAUUUUGAACCGAGACUCGUGUGGUCCUUUGUCAGUAAUGUUUGGCCGUCCUUGGGAUUUUUCUCUCUGAUUUUUUAUAGAAGUUUGUAACAUCUUUAAUGAUUUGAGCAUGGAGGUGGUCAUCAAGAUUAUGUUUCGAUGGUUAACUGCUACGUAGGAACAGGGUACUUUCUGGUGGUGAUGAUUUUUUGUUUCUCUUGUUUCUACAAGGCCUUUAAUUGGCCAUUAUGGGUUUUUUUGGAAAUUUGAAAGGGAUCCUACGAAA